AUGUCCAUCACCAUCAACGACUUUCUCUACAACCAUAUGCGGUCGCCUAUGAUCAUGUCUGCUAUCGAUACUAGACAAGUGAGCACUACCACUCGCAAACCAAACUCUACUACGUUCAAUUUGGUAGCAGCUGUAGGGAGGGAGUUUGAAGUCGACUACGAGCCAAAGCUGUUAAACGUGAUUGAGGCCCAUGAUGAAGAUUUCAAAAAAAAUGCACCAACCCCACAGGUCUUGCUCGAUCUGUCUUGCGCUUACGAGCAUGUCAUUCGUUACUCCAAAACCACUAAUGAACACUCGGUUCAAGGGAGACUAGAGAAUUGGCAAUUUGCAGCGGUUGACAUUCUGCAAAGGCGGGUAGGGGUAGAUAGUACCUCUGAAUUCUAUCCGGAUAACGAGAGUAAAGAGAGGAUGAGGAGUUUGAUCAUAAGACCGAGGGAGAAAAACAGCCUGACCAAGGAGGAGAGGGAAAGUCUCCAUACUCGCUCCAAAGCCAACAAGUCUUUAGAUGUGGUCAAGACCGAAGAUAUCGACUCAUAUGUACAGACGAACUGUCUCUCGCCGAUUCCUAAAACAAAGAACGGCCCACCAGCUUAUCCUCGUCCCAAAGUCAAUAAAGAGCCGGAGCUUUCAGUAUCUGAAGAAACGGAUUCCGCUAUCAAACCUUAUAGUGGAAUCCCUGAUUUCAUCUUGGUCUCAGAGCCAGAGGUAAUCAAGGUAUCGAAGCCAACUCCCAAAAAGAGGAAGUUAGAAGAGCCGCUGGAAUUAGAAGACAAGGAUACAACUUUGGAACGAAAACUUAUCAUUGAGGUCAAGGUGGACGAUAUAUUGGCCAAACCUGCACUCAAGAAGAUUCUGAAAGAAUUUCAAAGAGAGGGGUAUAAAAAGUUUCGGUUGAUAUUGGAGCAAGGUGACCCAAAGUGGAACUCCAACGGACACUGGUCUGUCCCAGCUCCUGGUCCAAGGAUAAUUGGUUCAGCCACUCAGGCAUUCAUACAUAUGGCCGUUCAAAUUCUUGAGGAAUUGACCUUGAACAAGGCUUCCAUGGCGAUCACGACAUCGGGUAGAAGAAGUUUGUUGUGGAAAUUAGAGGCUGAAGAUCGCUUGCAGUUGAGCCCAAUGAUAGAACAUGAUCCGGAUGUCGAAGGUAGCGUGCCCUUUAUAAAAUUGAUGGCUGCCGUGUGCUACUCUGUCACUCGUGUUCCUCCUCCCAUGAUCAAGAUCGCAGCAUCAUCAACCAUUGAUCUACCCACUGGAUUGCCGGCCGAGUCAAGCUCGCGACCGACCAAUGAUCCGCCUGAAGCUUCGACAUCAAUAAGCAGGAGAUCUUCACGACGGGGAGGACACAAGCCAGAGCUCGGAAUCAAAGACGCGGAUCUACAAGAGACCAUUAGAGGAGCUGGAACGAGCAAAAGAGGUAAAUUCAAGAAGGUUACAACUGAACUCAAGACCAAAGUGUCAACCUUGUUCGACAGGAAGGGGAAAGGUAAGGCGCAUCCUCAAGAAUGA